AGCUUUUCUCGCUGCCUUCGUCAUCAGCGUACACAGAAGCGCACUACCGGAGAGAGCAAUGAAGAGACAGCAUAGCAUGGUCUCAUCGUCGUCACGCCGAGAAAAUGCGCCGGAGAAGAUUCAAUCCAAAACGAUUGGCUGCAUGUCCGGCAUCAUUCACCUUGUCUGCAAGUCUCACUCCCGCAGAUUCCUCACCUUCGGAAAGAAGCAGAUUAAGAAUGACAGUUCUUUUCCCGCAAAAGCAGAGCUUCCAAAACAAACUCCCGUGAAAGAAGGAGAAAACUUCAAAGAGGAUAAACCCAAUGUUUGUUACAAUCCUAGUUUGUCACGUGAAGCACCAAGGAGCCCCACCCUUCCGGCGGAUAUUCGCCGUUCAAAUCCGGCGAAAACACCUGAGAACUUCCGAACUCCGCCGGCACUGGUGGCGAGGCUGAUGGGAUUGGACGAGGGCCCGACGGCGGCCGAGAAGCCAGAAUCCGUGGCGGAGAAAAGAGAAAGGCUUUUGAAUGCACUGCAGAAAUGCGACGAGGAUCUGAAGGCACUAAAGAAGAUCAUUGAGGCCGUACGAUCAGCAGAUCAGCAACGGACACCCUCGACGGAGGUGAUAUCAAAAAACGUGAGUUGCUUUGGGGAUAAAAUUAGAACAGUAACGGAGGUUACUUGUUCGGAGCAGCAACCAAGUCCAGUGUCUGUGCUCGACGAGUUGACUCGGUCCCCUGUGAGUUUCAGGAAUUACUCGCAACAACAGUCACAUUCAAGUGGGCGAGUGCAACAGCAGAAGAUACAGGUGCAAAAGAAGCCAGGAGAGGAAAACACGUGUUUCUAUGAGAGAAUUGCGACAAGUGAGUUGGUACAUAAGAAGGUGAAGGAUGAUGAGGAAGAAGAGGAGUCGGUGAUGUGGAGCAGGAGAGCAAUGAAAGAGAGCGUAGAGGAAGUGUGUAGGGACAUCGUAUGGGGAGAGAAGCGAGAGAUUGGGAGAAUAGGUUUGGCUUUGCAUGAUCAUAUUUGCAGGGAUUUGAUUGAUGAAAUUGUUCGAGAUUUGGGAUUUUGUUGCUUUAAUGCUCUUCCCUUCGAGGCCUGUAAGAGAAGACUCGCUUUCUGA